CUGAUACCGGGAGUUGGAAUUGUACUGUUAGUGAGAUCCGAUCGCGAGCACGUUUCAUACAGUCAAUUGCUGCGUUCGUUGUGUGUGGUGCGGUGUGGUGUACAUACACAUAACAUAGCUGUGGACACUCGUACGAGAAGCAUAGAGUUGUGUGAUCGGAGUAGACAUUUAACUACACCAACAUGAAUUCGUCGAACAUCACUUCGUCAACUCAUACAAAUUCGACAGAGGACUUCAAUCCAUAUCCCGGCUAUUCAAACGGACCGCUGGCAAUAGUCAUCACUAAGAUUACAUUAAUCACGUUGUCCAGCCUAGCAACUCUAGUUGGAAAUGUCAUAAUCAUAAUCAUCGUGUUGAGAAACAAGAAAUUAUGGAAUUCUACUAAUUACUACAUCGUGAACCUUGCAAUCUCAGACCUGUUCGUCGCUACUUUUGUAGAGUGGACGUAUCUGGUUGGGCAUUUAAUGCACAGUUGGCCGUUCGGGCAUUUCAUGUGUGUGUUUUGCAACACUUUGCAAGGUGUAACGGUUAUCUGCAGUAUCCUGACACUAACAGUCAUUGCCGGUGACCGUUUCUUUGCGAUUAUCUUUCCAUUGAUGUGGCGUGAAACUAAGGCAAGAACGUGUGUAGUAGCUAUUCUAGUGGUGUGGGCGGCCAGCUUUUCUAUCAACUUGCCCCUGUUUUUAGUUAUGGAUUAUGAAGAGUUUGUUUGGGACGACGGCGUAUCUCAGAAUAUUUGCUGGGAACAUUGGCCUUCAGGAGAAUGGCAACGCCGAUACUCUGUUGCUCUGUUCAUCUUCACUUACAUCCUACCAUUGGUAAUCAUGAUAUUUGCUUAUGGUUCAAUUGGAAGAAAACUAUGGACAAAGAAAGGACCGUCAGCAAAGAGAAAAGAUUCCAGCAACGCAAAAGAAAAAGCCAAGAGAAAGCUGUCGUCUGCCGCACGAAAACAAAUUGUAUUCUUCUGCAUAUGGUUAGGUUAUGCUAACAGUGCAAUGAACCCCAUAAUUUACUGUGGAUUCAACGAGAACUAUCGCAAAGGCUUUGCUGAGUUGUUCUCUAAUAAAUGCUGUCCAAGUUGUCUGAGAAGCGAUAACGGGCAUAUGCGCCCACACACCAGAGGCCAGUCAUCAUUUGGUAACCAAACUGGAACAACGAAGGAGACGCCCAGGAAUAUAUUGAAAAUGAGGACAGUAGAGCCGGAGGCGAACGCCUCGCUUAAUGGCGUGAAUCGAUGUGACCAGUGUGAUGACCAUCUGGAUUUUAAACCCGGGUUGAUUGGCGAGAAUGGCAAGGUUAAUAACCUAAUUGUAGGACUGCACGACCCCGGGGUCGACGUGUCGUCAGUUUAG